ACAGUUUAAACAACAGCUGGACGGGUGAGAACUCAAGGGGAGGGUAUAAUUUCUUAUUUCUGUUUCCUCUUUUUCCAUUAAUGCAUGAGAGAUUUGUACAUAAUGUAACAUGAGUUUGGCUUGAGGUCUUCAGCCAGGCGUUAUGAAAUAAGCUGAAAGCUUGUGUAAGAAAACUCGCACUGGGAACUUUGAGUCUCAGAGUUUUGAUCAUGGAGGCGACAGCCAAAUAUGACUUCAGUGCUUCAGCGGAGGAUGAGCUGAGCUUCAGGAAAGGAGAUAACAUCAAGGUUUUAGCUACCAAUGACAACUGGUUCCGAGCAGAAAUAAGCGGCAUGGAAGGAUUUGUGCCGCAGAAUUACAUCAUCACACACUUCCCCAGCUGGUUUCAGGAGAACAUCAGCCGGCAAGCCUCACAGGAGAAACUGAUGUCUCAGCCAAUCGGAUCCUUCCUCAUCCGCGGCUCACAGAGUUCACCAGGAGACUUCUCUAUUUCAGUCAGACAUGAAAAUGAUGUUCAGCACUUUAAGGUGAUGAGAAGCAGAAGCGGGCAGUACUAUCUCUGGGACGAGAAGUUCAGUUCUCUCAACCAAAUGGUGGAGUUUUACACCAACAACUCCAUUUCCAAACAGAGUCGAGUGUUUCUGCUGACAGAACAGCGGAGUCCAUCGGACGUUCCACGCAGAAAUCCUGUACAACCAUCGGCCUUGUCUCAGGGGAGACCCAACACUUGCAGGGCACCAGCUCUGCCCCGCCCCCCUGAGCCUCAACCACUUCCACAGUCGUCUGGGACGUCAGUUCGAGCCAUGUUUGACUUCACUGCAGAAGAUCAAGAUGAGCUGAACUUUCGCACUGGAGAUCUUAUUGAGGUUCUAGAUCAGUCGGAUCGUUUCUGGUGGAAGGGUCGUCUUCGUGGAAGAACCGGACUCUUUCCUGUCAACUACACAAAUCCUCUUUAAAACUCAUCACAGAUGACGCAAACAUCUGAGGAUAGACAAACACACAAUAGAUUAAUAUUGUUUUAUAUUAAACUUCAGUAUAAUACAGAGAGAGGAGUUCAGUUGAACAGCUGAGCACUCACACAUCUUAAGUCAUUAAUCUGCAUAAAAUGUUCUAAAACAUGAUUUAAAGUGUUUUUAUUUAAUAAAUGCCACAGUGAUAACUAAA